UUUGGGAGGGGAAGGGGAAGACGCCCUGUCACAGAUUAUGGCUCGACUAUGGUCCAUUGGAUGCGGAAUCGACAGCCGAGAUACAAAGGAGGCUAUCAGGGAGAGAUGGAACGGCCGAGUCCUAGCUACAUAGUCGAUAUGCUACCGCCUUUAGCAAGACUGCAUAAUCCAGCCGACUCGAUUCCCGCGCGACAUCUGCACUCCUCACUGAACAAAAUCAAGCACCCCGUCAACGUAGUGCGAUGGACACCAGAGGGUCGAAGAUUACUCACAGCAUCUAGCAGUGGAGAGUUUACGCUGUGGAAUGGAACUGGUUUUAAUUUCGAGACAAUCAUGCAAGCACAUGAUGUUGCUAUCCGAGCCUUGUCUUACUCGCAUAGCGAUGACUGGCUUCUGUCAGCUGAUCACGACGGCCUGAUCAAGUACUGGCAACCUAAUUUCAACAACGUCAAGGUCAUUCAAGGGCACAAUGAUCCUAUAAGAGACCUCGCGUUCAGUCCGAACGACUCCAAAUUCGUCACAGCUUCCGAUGACUCGUCCCUCAAAAUCUUCGACUUCGCUGGAGGCGUUGAGGAAUCUACGCUGAAUGGCCACGGUUGGGACGCGAAGAGCGUUGACUGGCACCCUACUAAAGGAUUGCUUGUUUCCGGGUCAAAAGAUCAUCUAGUCAAACUAUGGGAUCCUCGCACGGGUCGUUGUCUAACCACGCUACACGGCCACAAAAACACGAUUACGAAGACACUCUUCGAACGAGUCAGAGGGCAAUGCCUGGCAACCUCAGCCCGUGACCAGACGGCACGUGUGUUCGAUUUACGAAUGAUGCGUGAUAUUUGUCUCCUGAAAGGACACGACAAGGACAUUUCGACCUUGGCCUGGCACCCGGUGCAUUCCUCACUCCUGAGUACUGGUGGUGCUGAUGGCGCUCUAUUCCAUUACCUCCUCGACGAACCAAAUACCCCUCCAGGGACAGCCCCUUCUCUAGCCCCAUAUGAUAGCCCCGAUCCUUCAACGGCACUGGCCCAAACCAUAUAUCCAGCUCACAAAGUCACAUACGCCCAUGACUUUGCAAUUUGGUCACUUGAUUGGCACCCGCUGGGUCAUGUCCUCGCAUCAGGUUCGAACGAUCGUGUCACUCGUUUCUGGACGCGUGCGCGGCCAGGUAGCACAGAUACAUUCAAUGAUCGCUAUCACAUCGGGGAGUCAGCCGCCGAAGCCCAAGGGACAUGGGAUCGACGAAGAGGUCGGAGUCAGCGUCAAGAAGAAGAGGAGCAAGAAAUGGAAGACGAGAUGGAAGGACUUGUCGACCAGAAGAUGCCCCCGAAGCUCCCUGGUUUCCCAGGUAUACCAGGCUUACCAUUACCACAAUUUGGUAAAGAUGGAACAAGCGCAGGAGGAGCACAACCUAGAAUACCAGGCAUGGGAGGAGCCGUGCCUCCUCCACCGUUACCAUUCGGUCUUUCAGGCACAAACAGUGUUCCAACCUUACCCGGGAUGGAUCCCAAUAACCCUCCGGAUUUCGCCAAGUUAGCAGAGCUGAUGAAAAAAGCUGGUCUACCACCACCCCCUCCCAUUGGCGCCGGCGGUCAAUUCCCCCCUCCUCCACCAGGCAUGCUCCCUCCGGGUUUCCCACCACCACCGCCGCCGACUUUCCAGGGCUUCCCGCCCCCGCCUCCGGGCAUGAGCGGGCCCCCUCCUUUCCAGAUUCCCGGCAUGGAGAAUAAUAAUGGCAAUAAUGAGUCUGCUAGUGGCGGGGGAAGCGUGAGACGACGAGGGCCACUACCGAGUCAAGAGGAGAGUUUACAGAUGGAGCAGAGGAGAGGAAAGUACACGAGAGCGAGAUAGAUAGCUGCGCGCUGUGUCCCGAGUGAGCAAUUGUAUAAUAAAUAUAGCAA